UCAAUCAAACCACCUACCACACCCCAGACAGACACAAUGGUUUUCGCGUGGAAAGCUGCAGGCAUCACCUACAACCGCUACCUCGCCGUGGCAUCGCGUGUCGUACGCCGCUCGUUGAAGGAGGACCAGAGAUUGAAGGCUGAGAGGAGAGGAGAGAUGGACCUCAGGUUCGCCAAGUGGGAGAACGGCAAGCAGCAGGAGGUCGUGUCGGUCGAGGGCGCAAACGCAGAGGCAUACAAGCAAGCGGCAGGCCAGGCAUCCCAAUAGAUAUGCCAUGGGGGGAGGGGGUCGAUGAAGGUCAUGGGGCCGAGAUGAGGACAUGAAGGCAGCUCAGAAGACAGCAAACUCUGAGCUGGCUUGACGGAGCAGGUACUGAGCGUCUUGGGCGCCUGUAACAUUGUGUAUAUACAUCCCAAGGCGAGGAUGUGAAGAGCGCCAAGAAUCAGCGAGUUCUUGUUCCCGUCUUGCACUUGCACUUCGCCUCCUCGUGACUUUUCUUUUUCUUGUAUCGUCAAACAACG